AUGCUCAGCUUUUCCCUAUAUGCCAAGCUAUUCCUAAUUCCUGGCAUUUCGAUUGCCAUUCUCCUACAGGUCCUAUCUUUUCCGCUCAGCAUCGAAUGUCUCACCAAUCCUUCCCUCUUGCUGUCAUCAGGCGUUCCGUUGGCUCUCGUCAAGGCGGAUCUGGCCACCACAACAACUCCUGUUGUCUGUUCAUCCGUUCCUACCUACCUCUCUUUGGCAAAUCCACAGUUUUCGUCUUCUUUACUGUCUCCAUGUGAAGCCGCCCUUCCGAUCAACUCGUUCUCGGCCAGCAAUCUUGGCUCGGGAACUUCCCCGGAAGUUGUCAGCUCAGGGAUGCGUGGCUGGGCAAAACGACACUUCUAUCACAGUUCACUUGGCUCCUCGCCUUCUCCUCUGCCAGCCAGCUCUUCUGGAGUGCACUCUUCCUCUUCCUCUUCCUCUUCCUCAUCCAGUAUGGCCGCUAAAACUCUUCCCCAUUCAUCACAACCCUGGCCAUCUCUU